GGAAAAUAUCAAUAGAGACUGCGAAAAAACAUAUUCAAAUGCAUAUCUCAAACAAAUGGAAUCAACAAAUCAAACAGAUAAUGUCAACAGUUCAUUUUGCAUAAAAGGUGGGUUACUGUUAAUCGAUCAAAUUAGACGAUAGGAAAUAUUUGCAGACACCACAACGUAUUUCAGUCUCCCUUCUGAUGAAAUCCCUAGUUUUGGUGGGCCUGUUGGCUUUUUUAAGCCUAGCAAGCUCGUGCCCUCAUGAGCCAGACUGCUCCUCUGGACUAGAUGAGCUGCACCCACAUGCUGAUUGCAACCAGUUUUAUGCAUGCCGGAACGGAGUUGCUCUAACUUUCAAGUGCCCCUUUGGUCAAUAUUUUAACCCAUCAAAAGAGAUUUGCGGACUAGACAGAUCAAACUGUGCUAUUUGUCUUAAUGAACACCAAAAAAGCAAAACAACUUCAAAGGAUUUCACAUUGUCUACACCACAACUAGCUCCAUGUCCACCUGAACCACAAUGUCCAGUAUGGGGUUUGACGAUGGUUCCAUAUCCACCCGAUUGUAGAAUGUUUAAGCAAUGCAUUUUUGGAAUAAGUAUUAUUGUAGCCUGUCCUGCAGGCCAAGAGUUCAGUCCCAUUGCGCUUGAAUGCUUAGAUGUAAUGAUUGCCGAGUGUUAUGCUUGUGCGCCGCAAACUACAACUUCACUCCCAACUUCUACUAGUACAACUUCAACCACAACCACCUCAACAACCACUACUCCUACGACUACCACUACUACGACCACAACCCCUACGACUACCACUACUACGACCACCACACCAACAACCACCACUCCAACAACCACCACACCAACAACCACCACACCUACAACCACCACUCCUACGACCACAACCCCUACGACCACCACUCCUACGACCACAACUCCUACAACUACCAUGACAACACCCACUACAACCACCACUCUUCCACCAACCACAACCCCCGUUGAUGGUUGUCCACCAGCACCUACAUGUGGACCACUACAAAUCACUAGGCUUGCAGUUCCAUCAGAUUGCACCAUUUAUCAGCAAUGCAUCCUGGGAGCCUCAACUAUACUUCCAUGUUUGCCUGUUGGAACUGAAUUCAGCGCAACACUCAGAGAAUGCGUUGAUCCAGCUAUUGCCAACUGCCCUAAAUGUGGGGCUCAAUCGACAACUCUUCCCCCAACCACAACGGUUACAACUACUACCCCUACUACAACUACACCAACAACUACUACCCCUACCACAACUACACCAACAACCACUACCCCUACCACAACUACACCAACAACUACUACUCCUACCACAACUACAACAACAACUCCUGAACCAACAACAACGAUUCUAUCUACUACAACCAUUGGAGAGUGUCCACCUGAUCCUACUUGCAGACCAUUUGAGUUGACCAGACUUCCAUUCUAUUCUAAUUGCGCUUUAUACAUUCAAUGCUCAUUUGGAGAACAAACGAUUCUUCCAUGUCUUCCACUUGGAACUCAAUUCAACGCUGCAACGAAGCAAUGUGUUCCAGCUUCCGAAUCCGGAUGCAAAACAUGCAUUCCAUUAACAACGACACCGGUGCCGUCAACGACUACAACAGAAUCGACGACAGUUACGACCACGGAGCCAACAACAACAGUUUCAACAACCACAGAGGUGAUAUCAACAACAACGGACGCGUCAACAACUACAGAACCAUCAACAACAACAGAAGAGAUAACAACGGUUAUUCCUUGUGUAAACCCAGAAUGCCCCACUGAUGUAGCAAGUAUAAAACUUCCUGUGCCAAGAGACUGCAAGAAAUACCUUCAAUGUAUCGAUGGUAUCGGCCGUGAGCUUAAUUGCAUGUGGGGUCUGGAAUUCGGCGAAGAAAUUGGCGAUUGUGUCGCACCCUCAAUAGCACGCUGCACUAAUUGUGUUGCAUAACAAUUUAUGCAGAUCUCCUUUGUAUUGUAGAGUAAAUAAGCAAUUAAAAUAAAUUAUUUUUAAUGCA